UAUCAAUCGUUCAUGUUAAGUCGAACUGUGUUGUGAAUAAUAAUCAGGUGAUGUUAGGUUAGGUAAGACAAGUAUGUUGAUGAGCGUUCAUCAUUUGAAAUGACUAGAAGACACGAUAUGUGCGCAUAUGGUUGAUGUCAAUCCAUAAUAAAUGUGAUGACUUUAUUUUGCUUUAAUGAAUACUAUGUCGGAGUUGACAGUUACUUACUUGGUAAUAAUAAUAAUAUAUAUAUAUAUUAAACGUUUUCAUAAUUUUUUUUCUCUAUAGAAAUCGCUGUAGAUCUUCAAAACAAGCCCUUAACGAAACCGUAGAAAGCCAAAUGAAAAGUCGUCAACGUUUGGUUGAUAUGGCUCUAGCGAAUCGUGACCUUCGAGAUGAAAUAUGGCACUAUGCAUAUUUGAAUUCAUCUCUGUCUUCAGAAAUUGAAGGACUUCAGAGUGAACUUGCGAGUUUACACAAUGAAGAACACUGUAGUAAUGAAAACGCCAAUGCUGUGAAUUCGAAGCCGAAGAAAUGUCAUGCAUUGGAUUCAGAUGAAAUUGAUAAACUUUAUUUAAGAAAUCAGGAUCUUAAUAAAGUGGAGACGAAUAAAAUUGAAUCACAAGAAAAAGGAAAAGAAGAAGAAAAUACUUCAGCCAAAUUAUCCCUGGGAAAUGGUGGAGACUCUACAACUACCACUACUACUGGUGUUAGUACAAGUGACAGAAUGGUGGGACCUUCAAGAAUUGUUCAAUGCAGAGAAGUACCACAGGAAUGUAAACCUUCGUGAUAAAUAAAAUUUUCUUCCAUCACCAUCACAGACUACGUGGCAAUGUUGGUGUUUUUUUAAAAAUAAUAGAUUGAUCGCCAGAAAUGCCUUUCUUUCCUUAGAAACUACUAUUGUG